GCCCUCGCACGAAACGAAGACCCAACACAGCCAAAAAUAAAUUAAAAAAAAAAAAAAAAAAGAAUGUACCUCCCUUUCUGGCAGUGACAACCUCCCCACGAGAACGUGCCUCUCGCAAAGGAUCUCCUUCAUCCCUCUCCAGAGGAGAAGAGGAAACACAAGAAGAAGCACCUGGUGCAAAGCCCCAAUUCCUAUUUCAUGGAUGUGAAAUACCCAGGGUGCUAUAAAAUCACAACCAUCUUUAGCCACGCACAAACAGUAGUUUUUUGUGUUGGCUGCUUUACUGUCCUCUGCCAGCCUACAGGAGGAAUAGUAAGGCUUACAGAAGGAUGCUCCUUUAGACGGAAGCAGCACUAAAAGCAUCCUGAAUCAAGAUGAAUGGGAAACCAUCCCAAUAAACACAUUUUGGAUUAAAAAAAAAAAAAGAAUACUU